UCAACAAAUCCCUAGCUAGCUUCUUCCUCAUUUGCUUUUCAUCAUGGCGCCAAAUAGCCAAGCAUCCGUAAAUGAGGGCAAGUACCCUAACUCAACCAUGACCAACCUGGACCUCGAGCACCAACCCACCCAAGACCUCAAUAGUUCCCAGGAUAACGACGACUUCGACUACUCCAAACGCUCCCAGUGGCUCCGCGCCGCCGUCCUGGGAGCCAACGACGGUCUGAUCUCCACCGCGUCGUUAAUGAUGGGUGUUGGUGCUGUUAAGCAGGACAUUAAAGCCAUGAUACUAACCGGGUGCGCCGGACUAGUAGCCGGUGCCUGCAGCAUGGCCAUUGGAGAGUUUGUCUCCGUUUACUCCCAGUUGGACAUAGAGGUGGCCCAAAUGAAGAGAGACAACAACAACAAGAAGAAGCAAAAGAGCCCGGUGGUACACGUGGUAGGAGACGAGGAGGGAGAAGAGAAGGAGAACUUACCAAACCCGUUACGAGAAGACGACGAGGGAGAAGAGAAGGAGAACUUGCCAAACCCGUUACGAGCUGCAGGUGCAUCGGCUCUUGCGUUUUCAGUGGGAGCAAUGGUACCACUGCUAGCAGCCUCGUUCAUAAGGGAGUAUAGGGCGAGGUUGGGAGCUGUGGCGGCGGCAGUGACAUUGGCUUUGAUGGUGUUUGGGUGGUUGGGAGCAGCUUUGGGGAAGGCACCAGUUCUGAGAUCAACGAUUAGGGUUUUGGUUGGAGGGUGGAUGGCUAUGGCUGUAACCUUUGGGUUAACCAAGUUGAUUGGAUCUACUGGACUGUAAGACUAGCCAGUAGGAUAUGUUAGACCCAUCAUUUUCAAGUUCUUUUUUUUCUCUUGGCCCUUUGAGUAUUUUCGAUGUGUACGUGCUUUUGAACUGUUACAAGAAAUGAAAUGUAUGAUGAUGAUGAUCGAAUUCUGCUUGCUGUAACUUCAGUCUUAUCGAAGAAAUGAAAUGUAUAUCAAUAAUG